CAAAAAACAAAACCCCAAUUAAUUAUUCUCUCCCUUUUCUUGGGCGGUACGAGAGUAUGCACCACAACCCCAACACCACCACCCCCUAUCUCUCUCCCAAAGCUUUUCAAACUCGUUUAUCUCUCCACAGUUCUCAUACCCUUCAAAGCUUCUCUCUCUCUAGGGUUUCCGUCUCACCGAUCUCACUACAACUCCAUUCCAUUCCCGAAGCCCCCACUAAACCACACACUAACAUCAUCACAAUCUUACUCAACUCGAUCCGCGUUGACUCACUUCCAUGGCGGAAGAUUCAGUUGCAGUUCCAGUUCCCUCGUCAACCAAUACGGCGCCGUUAGGUCACUCAGUGAUUCCUAUAGUGAACAAGCUCCAAGACAUCUUCGCACAGCUCGGUAGUCAGUCCACCAUCGAGCUGCCUCAGGUGGCUGUCGUUGGUAGUCAGAGUAGCGGCAAAUCGAGUGUUCUGGAAGCCCUUGUCGGUCGCGAUUUCUUGCCUAGGGGUUCUGACAUCUGUACUAGGCGCCCGCUCGUUCUGCAGCUUAUACAGACCAAACGUAAGCCGGAUGGAACUGAAGAGGAAUGGGGAGAGUUUUUGCACCUUCCUGGCAAGCGAUUCUUUGAUUUCAAUGAAAUUCGUAGGGAGAUUCAGGCGGAGACAGACCGGGAAGCAGGCAUGAAUAGAGGUGUUUCAGAUAAACAGAUACGUUUGAAAAUUUUCUCACCGAAUGUUCUUGAUAUUACACUUGUGGAUUUGCCGGGCAUAACAAAGGUGCCUGUUGGUGAUCAGCCUUCUGAUAUUGAAGCCCGGAUCAGAACAAUGAUAAUGUCGUAUAUUAAACUUCCGAGCUGCUUAAUAUUGGCUGUAACACCUGCUAAUGCUGACUUAGCUAACUCAGAUGCUCUUCAGAUAGCUGGAAAUGCUGAUCCUGAUGGGUAUCGGACCAUUGGUGUAAUCACUAAG